AAGAGUUGUGCGCGCAGCCAUCAGGCAUAAUAUAUAUGUAUAUACAUAAGAGAAAGAGUCAGGAGAGACGGCGACGCUCACAACGAGAAAAAAUACAGCGAUUGUUCAAUACACGCAUACGCUAUCGUCCAUCAAAAAAGAGCUCUCGCGCGCUCACAUGACGACGCGUUUCGGGCCGAACGGGCUCUCGCAAUAAUAAGUACAUCGACGACGUCGGCCGCCACUUCAGAAGACGACGCACAUCGUCCCAACGCGGAAUUGUUUUGGAGAAAGCAUGCGCGCGCGCGCGCACACGUGUGUAGAGUCGUCACCUUUGGGCCUUGUAUCUAUAGGCAUACGACCACGACUUGCGGAUAUGCCUUUCCUACAGCAAUUUAUCGGGGAAGCACUACACCAGUGAUGAGAGACUGCUCAGGCUAUAUUUUUUGCACUGUUCACGAUUUGUUUUGAUUUUAACACUGCAUGUGUCAACUGUAGUAAACUGGAGUUACUAUCUUGAGCAAUGAAUUUUAUUGAUUUGCAGGAUUUAUCUAGCAAGUAUACGGUUCAAGAGGUACCACCUCUGGUAUGUUACAUUCCCAAUUUCAUAACAAAAGAGGAAGAAAGUGAUAUAACACAGAAAGUAAACAGUGCUCCACUUCCUAAAUGGACUCAACUCAGUCAUCGUCGACUUCAAAAUUGGGGUGGAAUACCACAUCCAAAAGGAAUGAUCGCUGAGGAGAUUCCCAAAUGGCUUGAAGUACAAAUUGACAAAAUAGCCAAGUUGAAUAUUUUUGACAAAGACAAGAGGCCAAAUCAUGUGCUCAUAAAUGAAUAUUUACCUGGCCAAGGGAUUAUGGCACAUUCUGAUGGACCUCUUUUUCAUCCAAUAGUAACAACAAUAAGUUGUGGCUCUCACACUCUUCUAGAAUUUUAUAAACGCCAUGAAACUGAUAAAGUUGAAUCUCCAAAACGAGAAUUCAGUUUACUGUUGGAGCCAAGAAGUUUAUUAAUUCUACAAAAAGAUCUGUACCAUGAUUAUUUACAUUCGAUAGAUGAAAGGUCCACAGACUUGAUAACCAAGUGUGAUAUAAAAAACUUGAACAUGUGUUCACACAAUUACAAUGAAGGAGAGAUCUUGGAGCGUUCAACAAGGCUAUCGCUAACAAUAAGGCAUGUCCCAAAAACAAGUAAACUCAAGUUGAAGUUUGGAAAAUAACGCUUAAUGUUGACUUGUGCAUUUUUUUUACUUGAAAAAGAAAUAUAUUUUUUUAUUUAUCAUCA